CCAAUAGCGUGGACACCUCCCGGAAUCCCCCUGCUCCCCCAGCUCCUGAGAAGCCACCAUGGAGAAUGGGAGUGGGCCAGGCAGCCCCAGCACCAUGUCCCUGGCUCCCAGUGAGGCUGUCCUGGGCCCUGUGUACAAGGUGGUCUCCGUCUUCCUGGUGCUCCCCGUGUGCGUGGUGGGCAUCGUGGGCAAUGCCAUGGUGGUCCUGGUGGUGCUGACCACCCAGGACAUGCACAUGCCCACCAGCUGCUACCUGGUCAGCCUGGCCCUGGCAGACCUCACUGUGCUGGUGGCUGCAGGGCUGCCCAAUGUCUCCGGGAGCUUGGCUGGGAAGUGGGUGUACGGCGGCUGCCUGGGCAUCACCUAUUUGCAGUAUCUGGGCAUCAAUGCCUCCUCCUGCUCCAUCCUGGUGUUCACGGUGGAGAGGUACAUCGCCAUCUGCCACCCAAUGCAGGCACAGACCAUGUGCACCACGGCACGGGCCAAGCGAGUCGUGGUGGGCAUCUGGGGGACCACGUUUGUGUACUGCCUGCUCUGGUUCUUCCUGGUGGACCUGGAUGCUGGUGGGUGCUGGGGCCUGCAGUGCGGCUACCCGGUGGCCUGCAGCCUGUACCUGCCCAUCUACCUGCUGGACUUCACUGUCUUCUUCCUCACAUCCCUACUGGCAGCCACAGUGUUCUAUGGACUUAUUGCAAGGAUCUUGUUCCGGAGCGCCCUGGAGCACCUGCCACAGCUUGGGGACCAGCACGGGGACAGUGAGGCCCAGCCGGCCAGCUGCCACGAGGCCAGAGGCUUCCCUUCAUCCAGGAAGCAGGUCACCAAGAUGCUGGUGGUGGUCGUGCUGCUCUUUGCCGUCCUGUGGAUGCCCUGCCGCACGCUGGUGCUGCUCAACUCCUUUGUGGCCCAGCCCUUCCUGGACCCUUGGGUGCUCCUCUUCUGUCACACCUGCAUGUAUGCCAACAGCGCCAUCAACCCCAUCAUUUACAGCCUCAUGUCCCAGAAGUUCCGGGCGGCCUUCUGGCAGCUAUGCCAGUGUGGGCCACAGAGGUGCACGGCUGGCCUCAGCACCGCCAGCUACAGCAUGGUCCGAGAGACCCCCCAGAAGGCGCAGACCAGUGGGAGUGAGGUCGUCGGCCCUCAGGCAGCUGAGCCCCCACUCCCGCAGCAGGUGCCUGGAUUCAGCACGUGCGAGAGUGGGGCUGUCUUCGUUGCUCCAUGUGGUAACUGGUUUCAAGGAAUGCAGAUCAACGAUAGUCACCUCUGCUUUGACACCAAGAACCAGUGGAGCCUGGACUGA